GGCACAUCUGAUUAGACUUCUGUAACAUCCCUUUCGAACGACGAUGUUGCAACUUCUCCUCUAGUCCUCCCUUUAUCAGGUUUCUCCAAUUCCAAGCAUGGCCAGUUCGUUGUGGGUGUCGUAUGGGAAAUUUGCUUCCCCACAAUUCGAAUCUAAAUUGUGCCGGAGUCAUGUACGAUUAUAUGGUAUUCAUCAUCAUCCUCAAUCAUCUGUUGGAUUUCGCAAAGUCAAUAGCUUCAAGGUACUAUGUCGCAAUUCCGACGGCCAGAAUAGCAACAACCAACCAGGACGAACUGGAAUCCAACUUUACAGCGAGAUCGAGAGGUUACUCACAGAGACUGUGAGGCAAUCUCAAGAUGGGUGGGGCGGUUCAAGAGAUUGGCAUGAAGUUGAGGGAGCCUGGGUAUUGAAUCCAAAAAAUUCAAAGCCAACAUCUGUUGUGCAUUUUGUUGGUGGCAUUUUUGUUGGGGCAGCCCCUCAGCUCACUUACCGCUUAUUUCUGGAGCGCCUUUCAGAGAAGGGUGUAUUGGUCAUAGCAACACCUUAUCCUAGUGGCUUUGAUCACUUCUUCAUCGCAGACGAAGUUCAGUUUAAAUUUGACCGGUGUCUUAGGUCUCUACAUGAAACAGUGAAGGAUCUUCCAUGUUUUGGCAUUGGACAUUCUCUAGGAUCCGUCAUCCACCUUUUGAUUGGUUCCAGGUAUGCUGUUCAGAGGAGUGGUAAUGUAUAUAUGGCAUUCAACAACAAGGAUGCCAGCCUGGCUGUCCCGUUAUUCUCACCUGUUCUUUUGCCAAUGGCUCAAAGUCUUGGACCCAUCCUGUCACAGAUUGCAUCGUCACCAACAAUCCGUUUCGGGGCGGAGAUGACUUUAAAAAAUUUAGAGAACCUCAGUCCUCCCAUUAUGAAGCAAGCCAUACCUUUGGUCGAGCAACUUGCUCCCUUGUACACGGACUUGAUUAGUGGAAGAGAGAAUUUCAGUCCAAAACCGGAAGAAACUCAGAGACUAAUAAAAUCUUACUACGGAAUCUCAAGGAAUCUCUUAAUCAAAUUCAAAGACGAUACAAUCGAUGAAACCUCUAUCCUAGCUCAGGUGCUUAGCUCCGACUCUGCCAUUAGUUCAGUGCUGGAUAUGUCAAUCCGUUCACUGCCUGGCGAUCAUGGACUUCCACUACAGCAGGCUUUGCCAGAUGUUCCACCAGGAAUGGUGGAUGCUGUAAACCGCGGAGGCGAGAUAUGGGCAAAUUUGACUGCAGGGACACCAUUUGAAACAGUUGCGAAAGAAGUAAGCAAUUCACUAGGAGUAGACUCUCCAACUCUUCGUGCAGACAUGUCGAAGGACUUAGACCUGCUUGUGGAUAUAAUCACUUCUUGGAUGAUUACCAAUGCUGGUACAAAACUCUUGAAGCCAUAGCAAGGCAGGCACCCAUAAUGUCAAGCAAAUACACAUAUAAACAUCAGGGAUGCAUAAUUGCAGGGGAGGUUAAUAUGGUUAAUUUCAUGUAACUUGUAAUUUAUGUGCCUACUGAUUUGACUCAUAACUGAUGUACAUGUAUAUGUAUGUAGAUUUGUAAUUGCAUAUAAGGUGCCUGGAAUGCAAGAAACCUCAAGUAAAAUGGUGUUUUAUGGGCCAAGUUAUGUUGCAAUUGGUACAGAACUA